GCCCACAACAAGCGGAAGUUUGUUUACAUGAGAAAAAGUGGGCUCGAGGCCACAGAAGCGGCUCCUCUCUGCUCCGAUCGCCCGGUCAGGAGAAUGUCUUGCAUGAAGGACUACGUGGACAGAGUGAGCCGCGUUUAUGAGCGCUACACGGAGUACGUGAGGAGGAACCCCGCGGCCACGGCGCAGCUGGAGAACACCGUCCGGACUCUGUCCUACCUGAUCGCAGGUCGAUUUGCUGAUUGUCAUGAAAUAUCGGAAUUAGUCUACUCCACCUCCAACCUCCUGGUUCUGUUCAAUGACAGCAUCCUGCGGAAAGGCCUUGGCCGGUCUCUGCCCGCGUCCGUGUCCCAGCAGAGGAUCCUGACUUGGCUGUCGGUUCUGGAGUACGUGGAGGUUUUCCUGGAGAUGGGGGCCUGUAAGCUGUGGGGGGAAGUGGGCCGCUGGCUGGUGAUCGGACUCAUUCAGAUCUGGAAGGCGGCGCUCCGGCUGGUUCUGCUCCUGCUGUACAAGUCUGGCCUGCAGACGUCUCCCCCCAUAGUUCCCCUGGACAGAGGCGCAGAGUGUGUCGGUGAAGAUGACGGCGGGCAGCAGGAGGACGCCGGCUUUGUGGGUCGGAGGUCGGGCCGUGUCAUCAGACCCCUCAGCAGCGCCCCCCCCCUGCAGACGCCUCAGCUGUGGGGAGCACCCACCCCGAAAAGGAGAAGCAGCUCAACACAGAGCUGCAGCCCAACUCCUCUUGGCCUCCUAGAGACGGUUGCAGAGUGCGUGUUCAUCGGGCGGCCGCUGGUGCACCUGCUCUGCCUGGGGUUGUGCGGGGCACGGUCCUGGAAGCCGUGGUUCCUGUCCGGGUUCCUGGAGCUGUCCAGCUUCGGCGUCCUGAGCGACGUGAAGUUUCAGAACCGAUGGGAGAAGGCCGAGAUGAGGAGGCGGGCUUUCCUGCUGCUGUACUAUCUGCUGCGCUCCCCCUUCUAUGACCAAUACUCCCAGGAGAAGAUUCUCUUCCUGCUCAGACUUCUGGCUGAACAUGUUCCAGGAAUUGGACUUGUUGCACGUCCUCUGAUGGAUUACCUCCCCACCUGGCAGAAGAUCUACUUCUACAACUGGGGCUGAGCGGCGCUGCAGACCGUCAGCUUCAUCUGGACGUGGGCAGAACCUGGAUCUGGGAGUCCUCCAGACCUGGAGGCUGGCUGCUCUGUGGGUGGAGUCUGGUCUACAUCAUGCAGACCGCCGCUCGGAUUUGGACUUUAGUGGCGGCGAUGCGAGACGCCAAACCACAGCAGAGGAUGGUCAAAGAGUGAAGAACACAAACUGAGUUCUGAAUCCAUUUAUUUUUGUAGCCUACAAAUAAAUACUUUCAUUGUUGG